UCUCCAUAAGCAGAUAAGUCAUAUACACAAAGCGAGUCCAGCCAUAAAUUGAUAUCAAUGAAAACAGCAAAUCGGCAUCAAAAGUAUUGCUUAGUUUCUGAUUAAAUCGCGAUUCACCUCCGAUGAAGUUCGUCAUUUAAGAGUUGAAGAUUGGGGUGCGCCAAAGUUCUUUUAUUUAGCCGACUUCAUUAUUUUGACUGUUGCUUUUCCUAUAGCUCGGUAAUAAGUAUCGGGCGGGCAGAAGGCUCCUCUUCGUUCCAACAUGAAGUUAAUUUUGAUUUAUCUUACUUUUAUCAUGGCCCUUGUUCAAGGGGACAUCGAUGUCGGGGCAGGUGUUCAUCGGCAUCGAGCGAAGAGGACAGAGACGGCCUUCUCCCAAGAGGAGAUUGAGGGAAUCGUUAAUCUGCAUAACGAGUAUAGGGGUAUGGUGAUACCCGAGGCGUCUAACAUGAAGCAUAUGAGGUGGGACGAUAACCUGGCAAUGAUGGCUCAGAUCUGGUCGGAUGGUUGUGUUUUUGCGCACGGUAAUCCUGACAUCAUGACGGACUUCCAAUACGUAGGCCAGAACCUGUGGGCGGGGACAAUCUUCGAUAACGGCCUCGGAGCCACGACCAAUUGGUACAACGAGACCGUCUAUUAUGACUACAACACAGGAACCUGUGCACCGGGGAAAGUAUGCGGGCAUUACACCCAGGUGGUUUGGGCCGAGUCUUACGCAGUCGGGUGUGGACGAACCUUUUGCAGCAGCCUUGUUAAUUAUUUUCCGAAUUCGUACAUAAUAACCUGCAACUAUGGUCCAGGUGGAAAUAUUGUUGGGCAGGACGUUUAUCUUUCCGGUCCGAGCUGUACUGAAUGUUCAACAGGCAUCGGGGAAUGCUACAAUAAUCUUUGUAGACCCUGUUCGGAACAUUCUGAGCCAUGUGAAUGUAGGGCUGAGUGUCAUAACUGUGGGACAAUGAACAGCGACUGUUCAUGCACUUGCAGAGAUGGAUGGCGAGGACCUAACUGUGUUCGAGAAUGUGAGAACACCGACGUCCGAUGCGGUAAUGGAUGGCCAACAAGUUGGUGCGGUGACAGUCUGUUUCCAUUUGUUGAUGCAGCUUGUCAUCUCCUAUGUGGCUAUUGCAAUCCAGCUGAUCCGGAUUUCAUAUGUUCACCAACCACGACCCCCUCAACCACCACCCCACUACCGCAAACAACUCCAGGGGUUACACAAGUUCCCACAACUACCACACAUACACCACAAGCAACAACUGCUGCUGCACAAUCGCCCAUGUCAACACGCAUGCCCACAACAGAAGCACCUUCGACACCUAGUACUGUCGCUACAACAACGGAACCGCCAUGCACAUUGACUUGUCUGCAUGGCGGGAGACUGGAUUCACGUCAGUGUACAUGCAACUGCCUUUCACAAUACCAGGGAAGCCGGUGCCAAAAUUUAAAGUCUCAGGUCCGGUAUGGGGUAGAACUCACCAUUGCUGCAGAUAUAAGCAUUUUCCCACGAAUUCGCGAUCUACUUUUUGCGGUAGUCAGCCGACUGGUCACAGACGUCUGUAAUGGCGAUAACUUCUACCCCCUUUGUUGCCCAGGAAGUACCGGAAAAGAUGCUGACCUGACAUUGAAUUAUGUCGACAGUAGCCACGUGUCCGUUGCAGAUGGCUACCCCGAAGAGCGCCCUCAAUACGACCCAAUAGAAGCCUUCGCGGUCAUGCUGCUCAUAACGCCCCCAACACCAAGUGAUCUUUGCAUGGAGAACUGGGCAUUUGGUCGAAAAAGAAGAGAUGCCCAAUCGCAAGUGAUAGUACGGGACAAAAGGCAGACAGAAACUUCUUCGGAGGGUUACUUGGGCCAAGGAGCGCUGUAUGAAGCAGUCUCUGCUAACAUCGACACCAUUGCAAAUGAAGUCAAUGUGACGGUCUUGGAGGUGACCAGGGGUGCCGUCGAGGAAGGUGAAGUUCUGUUAGAACUCCAAUACGUCCUCAUCAUCAUCAUUGCCAUCAUCGUAGCCCUGGCCAUCAUCUUAGCAAUCAUCACCAUUUGUUGGGGAAGGAAUACUGACUCCGCGAAGAAGAAUUCAGGAGGAAAACGGAAACCACACACCCUAUCUAGCUCACAGUUUUAGCAUAAGUCUAUAAUAAUAUCCCACCUUCAAGUAUAAGAAUACUAAAAUUAACUUUUGAAAAGUAUAGGUAAAUGACUCAUCGUAUCAAGAAAAGCACGUUCUAUUAUUAUAAACCAUGAAAGUAUUGCAAUGUAUAGGAGUUCAUUUUAAUAGUAAAAUAGUGAAAGUGAAUGAUUUAGGUCAACACAGGGAGCACUUGAGAAAAGAGAUUCUUUUAGUAUGAUUAAUAAACAUUUACUCUUUUUCAAUAUUAUAAUUCGCCUUAGAAUGUGCACCGUGUAUUCGAAGAAAAAGUUUGCAUGGUAUAGAUCCGAUGUGUUCACACCUCAGUCAUAUUUAACUCUUAAAUGCUAACAUAGGAUAUAAUAUGCAUACGCGACAUAUUUUAGGGCAGACACAUUUAUAUAGUAUGGUAAUUUAUGGGAAUAGUGGCAUGGUUUAUGGGGGUACUUACCAGACCUGAAAAUGGGUUUUAAACCUGUUCAAGAAAUAUAAACUUCAAUAGUUGACUACUCGGUUUUUUCACCUUUCUUGAUUCUUUUCAUUCACUUAUUUAUAUUACUCUACCAUCUGAAUCUCCCUUGAUAUU